AUGAAUGCAUUUUUUGAUGGGUAUGUCCAUUCUGGUACCAUGUUGAAGGAAUUCGUCGACCAAUUUGAUAAUGCUCUUAGAAAGAAGGUGGAGGUAGAGACAAUGGCUGAUUUCAAUUCUAACAACCAAACUAUUCCCUGCGUGUCCCAUUUUAAUAUUGAGAAGCAGUUUCAAAGGCAUGCACUUAGAGUUUGCCAGUUGAAAAAGAUUAAUGUGCUACCAUAUGUAUUUGUGUUGGAUCGUUGGAGAAAGGAAUUAAAGAGGAGAUACACAUUACUCAGAAGUAGUUACGAUGACCAGCGGGAUAGAGCAGACGCACUAAAUUAUGAGCGGGUGCUUAAAAGAUGUUCAAAAUUAGCGACCAAAAUAUCCUCAGAUAAUGAAAAAGUUAGUGCUUUCUUGCAUGUUCUUGAUGAGUUUGAGACAAAAUUUGAAAGUUCAACACUAGAGUCGGCAUAUGAACAAACGAAUGCCAAAGCAAAUGUCGUCUUGAAUAAGGGUGAGAAGAUAUUAAGCCCCAAUGUGGUCCGAGGGAAAGGGAGACCCCCAAGUAAGAGGGAGGUUCCACCAGUGGAAAAGUUGGCAACAAAGAGAAAGAAACCGGAAUUAAUAGUCUAA